AAAGAGAGACAUCAUUCUGAGUGUAGCGUGUGAAAAUGGAAGAACAAGCUAGCCAGCCAGCCAUUGAAGCAAGAAACCAAAAACCAAAACCAUAUCUAAGAUUUUGAUAUCCACAGUGAAGAGAAAACGACCUCCCAAGAAGCUAGUCGCUAUCGGAGUUGCGCUGUCAAUGUUCUUCUUUCCUUUUCUGCGUGCACAAACCGAUCAUUAAAGCAAAGCUCUAUCUCUUUUGCACCAGAUUUAUAAUUGAUUGUACAAACCUGGUUUUCGGGAGGCUCAGAAGUCGAGGCUUUGCUGAGGUCCCUCGCUUUCGUUUGUGAGCUCUCACCAUUUUGUACUGUAGCCUGUGUAUACCCACGUAGCGUUUGAUGUUGCAUACGAUCAUUCACUAUAUAUAACAGAGUACUUGAGGAGGUGAAAGUGAAAACUGAUCAAAACAGAGAGAAACAGAGCAAAAACAGAGCCCAGUGUAAUGGAGGUGGCAUUCAAUUUCUGAAACCUCUCUUCCAUCACUUUUCAGCAAGUUUUUACAUUCCUCUAGUAGCUGUCACUGCCACCAUUUCACCUCUUUCUCUAUUUUAAGCUUCUCUCUCUCUAACUGUUUGCUCUGUUUUUAAAUUACAACCUCUCUCUCCUACUUGUCUUGCAUGCUCUCAAGGUUUCACACACACUAAGAAAACCUCUGUGUUUUUGCGGCUCUGCUUCUAAAUUCCAAGUCUCUCAAUUCUGAAAAAUGGGUAGCUCUCAAAGUUGGGUUUGUUGGCACAGAAAUAGACACUUAAUCAUUCCCAUCCUACUAGUUUUGGUUUCAAGCUUCAGUACCCACCUCAGUUUCAUAGCAGAAGCUACAAGACCAAUUCCAACCAAGCUACCUGAAGCUGCCACAAGUGAAAAUGCAGGUGGAGGGGAAAGGAUUAACGCUCGUCAGAUUGGGUCAAGGCCGCCGCAAUGCAUGAGGGCGUGCACUGGUUGUGGGCAUUGUGUGGCGGUGCAGGUCCCGGUGGCUCCCCAAAGACACAACAAUGGAGAAAAACGCAGUAGCAGCAGAGGUGCGGCUACUACUAGUACUAGGAAAACAAGCCCCAAGAGGCCUGCUUAUUCUAGAGGAGGUGACGAGUUGUCGAAUUACAAACCCAUAAGCUGGAAAUGCAAGUGUGGAGAUUUGUUCUUCAAUCCUUGA